AUGGAGCCAUCUUAUGAUGAUGAAUACAAUGCGGUGUACAGCCAAUGGGGUUCACCUCACGAUUCACUUUUUAUAGUUAUACCAAUGACAUUAAUAUACAUCUUGAUAUUUAUCACCGGAAUAAUCGGCAAUGUGACCACGUGCAUCAUGAUUUUGCGCAACAAGUCGAUGCACACCGCAACCAACUACUAUUUGUUUAGUUUGGCGAUUUCUGACUUGUUGCUGCUGAUAUUCGGGCUUCCGAUUGAACUUUAUGUGAUUUGGUGGUUCUACCCGUACAUUUUCGGGGAUUUUUUUUGCACUGCUCGUGCGUAUGUUUCUGAAGGCGCGACAUACGCAAGUGUGCUCACGAUCACAGCUUUCACUGUUGAAAGAUAUAUUGCGAUUUGCCACCCGUUUUUGUCGCACACAAUUUCCGAGCUGUCGCGAGUUGUCAAGAUGAUUUUGAUGAUCUGGGUGAUCUCGUUCUGUGUUGCACCACUUGUAGCACUGCAGUACGGAGUUAUCAAGUACCCGGAGAUAAGCUCGCUUGCGGUUAUUUGCAAUUUGAAGAAUCCGGAUUAUGUCAAGUAUUCGUUCGAGCUGACGAGUUUGAUAUUUUUUUUUAUACCCAUGACUCUUAUUCCGAUAUUGUACUGGCGAAUUUGGUUGAAACUGAGAAAGUCGAAGAAGAUGAAGAAGAGGAAUAUUAGGAAUCAAGGAAUGCGCAGUGAGUUGGAAAUCAAGAAGAAAAAGUUCGAUGAUAAUACCGGAAAAUCUUCGCAAAAAAUUGAUAAAAUGUUGGGUAAGUAUUUGAUAAAAAUCGAAAUUUAUUUUAUUUUUGAAUAA